AUGGGGCCGAAGGCUUGCGACCACUGCAGUCAAGAAAAAUGCACCGAUGAGUCGUGUGCCAGAUGUAGUCGUCUCAAAUCCUUCUGUCCGACAUCUCGCCGUGAUAAGCGCAUAAAGCACCGCCUGGCUAUCCAGGCCUCCUCCUCUGGGGGGAGACCAGCUUGUAACAUGCAGUCCGAACAACGACGGAGCUCGGACUCCAGUGACAGCUAUGCUUCGUCCCUCAGUCAACGCUCAGACUCACAAUCCCUACACAAUGCCACCGAGCAGACAUUGACACCGGAGAGUACCAGUUCCAUGGUGCUUUCCCCUGAGAGGCCGCUUGCCUCUCCUACCACCUUGCAAACCACAUCGGAUGCCUUGCGCACUGUUAUGAAUGUCGAACAAUUCUCAGUCAUACAUUUACCGUUUAUGCUGGGAUCUAGCUUUAUUCCCGAUUCCCAAAAGACUAUAUAUGUCAUCUUGCGUUUAUCGGCCCCCACCCUGACUGAGGGGUAUCUGGCGUUUCUCGGAUUGAUGACAACAUAUCAAAAGUCCCUAGUCCUGCGGCGGAGCGAACCCGACAUGGUCAAGGCUGCGAAAGGCCUACAGCGUCUGCGUGGUAUCAAGAUCCAACAUGACUACGACGCAGCGUGUGCUCUUUUCCUCGGCCAGACGAUGUACGUCUUCAACGUCUUGACGGCUCCGUAUUCGAAUACGGCCCACACCAUUGUUCGCAGUGCGCUCAUGUCAACAAAGAGAUGGCUGCCCCGGUUGAUUGAAGCACCGAUCAUGGACACAAUAACCAUGUCUCCAAUCAUCAUUGACACUGUCGAAUGCAUCUUCCAUCGUGAGAUUCCAAUAAUUCGCCUCUACCCCCAACGUCGCAUUAUCGUUGAUCGAUAUGUGGGACUCUGUGCUACUCUUCUAUCGCACUUUUAUGACAUAUGCGAGUGCAGUCAUGCCUUGAAGACUACCACAUUUGAGUCCGGGUCUGAAGAACUUUCCGCCAUCUGGGAACGACUCGAUGACAUUGAAGAUGAUAUAAGGCGGUGGAGAGCACAAACACCGCCACAAUUGUUCGAAAAGUAUGGAAAACAUGCCGUUUUGGCAAUGGUCACGCAAGCGAAUGUAUAUCGUUUAGCGGGGUUGCUGGUCAUCCACCGCUUGCGAUAUCCACUGGGUGUCGAAGAUGAGCAGGCACAAAAGUUUGCAAAUAAUAUAUUUGCUGAGCUGGCAUUCUUUGCAAAAUCAGCUUCCAAGGAAGCGAGCGCGUUACCAGUAGUUUUCCCUUUGACCGUGGCUAUGUUUGAGGUCGAGGGACCUGGAGAGGAUCUGCUUGACCGUCUGGCCUCUUUUACCGUUCAGAGUGUCAGUGCAACACGACUUCAAGACUUCGUGAGGAUUGUCAGGCAUUCUAAACUUUCUCACUUCAAGGGCGUUUGGUUUGACUUGGUUGACACGCAUCUUCACGUUGCGGCGCCACCAUAG